AUGUUAGUCUCGUGGAAUAUAGGGGGACUCAAUAAAGUAGGUAAAAUUCGUGAGAUUAGGUCCCGUCUGCAAGAGCUAAAGCUCGCUAUUAUCAUACUAAUUGAAACUCGAGUUAAAGAAGCUAAAGACAAGGUCGUUCGUGAGAAACUGAUGAUAUAUGACAAGCACAUUGAUAACUACAAAGACCAUACAAAUGGUAGAAUUUGGAUCCAUUGGGAUUGCAACAGGGUGGAGGUGAGAUUCAUUCAAAGUAGCAGCCAAUUUAUACAUUGUGGUGUCUAUGAUAUGUGUGAAGGAUUCAAGUACUGGUUAACUGCUGUAUAUGCUCAUAACCGACUCAACAAGAGAAGAAUCCUUUGGAAGGAGAUAAAACACCUAUCUAUUAACAUCCAAGGUCCCUGGUAUACAGUGGGAGACUUCAAUAAUGUAACCAAAGCCCAAGACAGAUUGGGAGGUAAUCUAGUGGCUGAAAAGGAAUAUGAAGACCUGAUUAAAAUGAUGUGGAAUACAGGUUUGGGUGAAAUGGACAGCAUUGGGGAUCAUUUCACAUGGUCCAAUAAACAAACUGUUGGACUCAUCUACUCUAGGAUUGAUAGAGUCCUAGGUAAUACUGAAUGGUUUCUCAACAAUCUGGAGACUAUGCUGAAAAUUCUCCCACCUAACAUUUCUGACCAUGCCAUGCUCUAUUUGGAGGAAAAACAGGAACAGAGGAAACCAUCCAAACACUUCAAAUUUAGCAACUGCCUCAUUGAUCUGCCAGGCUAUGAUGUUGUGAUAAAGAAGAGUUGGGAUGCUCAUAUCAGGGGCAGCCCAAUGUAUGUUCUUUGGCACAAACUCAAGAGACUGCAACAUGAGUUAAAACAGUUCAGCAAACCAUUGUCUGAUAUUAAAAGGAAGCUGAUAGCAGCUAGAGCAAAUCUAAAAGAAACACAAGGAAAACUGACUGAGGACAGAUUGAACAUCACUUUGGUUGAAGAGGCUAAGAAGCUGACUGAUGAAGUGGUUUCCAUGAACGAGUUGGAAUGGAAAAUCUUACAGCAAAGGGAAAAAAUUGACUGGAUUAGAAAAGGAGAUGGUAACAAUCAUUACUUUUAUGCAGCUAUCAAAGGUAGACAACAUUCCAACUGUUUUACCAAUCUAAGAAUAAAUGAUGGCAGACAGUUAACAGCCAAACCAGAUAUUGAAGAGGAAGUGAUUAACUUCUACAGAAAUAUGAUGGGCAAGGAUGUAGAUUUCAUGAACCACAUUGAUAUUGAAGCCAUGAGGAUGGGAAAACAACUUAACAUGGAACAAAGGGAACACCUCACCAGACCCAUUUCUGAAGCUGACAUCACAAAAGCCCUCAAAGGAAUAGGAGACCUAAAAGUUCCAGGAUUAGAUGGCUAUGGAGCCAAAUUUUUCAAAGCUGGCUGGGAAACUGUUAAAACUGAUGUGAUUGCAGCAGUUCAGGAGUAUUUUGAAACAGGCAGAAUUUACAAACUUUUCAACAGUGUUGUAGUUUCCCUGAUUCCAAAAGACCACACUGCUUAUGAAAUAAAAGACUAUAGACCUAUAUCUAUAUGUACCACCUUUUAUAAAAUCAUCUCCAAAAUCUUGACAGAUAGAAUAGGAGCUGUCAUUCACAGUGUGGUAAGCCACAAUCAAGCAGCUUUUGUGCCAGGCCAAAAAAUACAUAGUCACAUCAUGCUUGCAACUGAACUUCUUAAGGGAUAUAACAGGAAAUGGGGUACACCUAGGAUCAUGCUGCAAAUAGAUCUUCAAAAAGCCUAUGAUAUGGUGAAUUGGACUGAUUUGGAAUGUAUCAUGAAAGAAAUGGGGUUCCCUAACAAAUUCAUUCAAUGGACUAUGCUAGGCAUUACCACAGUGUCCUACAGAUUUAACAUAAUGGGCGAGUACACUGAUUGUUUGCAGGCCAAAAGAGGGAUUAGACAGGGUGAUCCCCUAUCCCCUAUGCUCUUUGUCCUCAUGAUGGAAUACAUGAACAGACUCUUGAUGAAAAUGCAAAAGGAUCCAAAUUUCAACUACCACGCCAAAUGCGAGAAGCUGCAAAUCACAAAUCUCACUUUUGCAGAUGACGUGCUACUGUUUUGUAAAGGUGAUGAAAUAUCUCUGCAAAUGAUGCUAAAUACUUUCAAAAAUUUCUCCAAUUCCACGGGUCUGAUAUUGAAUCUAAGCAAGUGCAAAAUCUAUUUUGGGGGUUUGGAUAGUGAAAGGCGAAAGACUUUGACAGCUCUGUCAGGUUUCCAUGAAGGAUCACUCCCGUUCAAAUAUCUAGGGGUCCUUUUAUCUAGUAGGAAACUAAACAUCAACCAUUUUUUGCCUUUGGUGGAGAAAAUUGUGGUUCGAAUCCAUCAUUGGUCCUCUAGACUCCUUAGUUACGCAGGAAGAAUUCAAUUAGUGAAAAGCGUAAAUGCUGCAAUGGUCCAAUACUGGAUGCAAUGCCUUCCUCUGCCUAAAGCUAUGAUCAGGAAAAUUGAAUCUAUCUGCCGUAGCUUCAUCUGGACCAGAAAGAAUACAAUUAGCAGAAAAUGCCCUGUGGCUUGGAUUCGCACCUGCUGCCCGACUGCUCAGGGUAGAUUGAAUCUGUUGAAUCUUUAG